AUGGACACAGAGGAGAAGCCCUCCUCUGGAUGUACCCCCUUCACUGAGGACCACAACUAUGCUGCAACUUCAGUCAUUCACACGUUUGGACUGGAGCGGUUUGCCUCAUCACCUGAAGACACGCAGCACUACACAAGAUUUCCAUCAUACAAGCAUUUGAGGGCCUUUUGGAAUCUAAUCGAAGAGUCAACAAGCAGAAUGGAGAGGGUCACGAGUGGCCAGAGGAACCUUCCCACCAACACACCCCUCGAGAGUCCUGUCAACAGACCAAGUAAAUUGCUGCCAUUUGACGAGUUCUUCUUGUUCCUCAAUUAUCUGGCCACUGGCAAUUGCAUCUGCCUCCAACUCAACCCCCUCUUCAUAGGGCCUGUGGUGCCCACAUGA